CAGGAGAAGAAGAGCUCGGAAACCAACGGACCUAUGGCAUCCUCUCUGGUGAAAGACAGAAUGGCAGAGAAUUGUGAGAGAAUGUCAGAAUGGCAUAGAACUGGUUCCCAAAUAAAUACGUUGGACAAUGAGAAACUUGUACGACCAAAAGAGAAACUGCACAUCUUAUUACAGCAGGCAGGUGCAGACAAAGACGUUUUCACCAUGAAAGAGGUGAUAUUCUACCUGGGGCAGUACAUCAUGAAGAAGCAGCUUUAUGACAUGAAGCAGCAACACCUAGUGCACUGUGCUGACGACCCACUGGGGGCUGUACUGGGAGUGGACAGCUUCUCUGUUAAAGAGCCACGAGUCCUCUUCGCUAUGAUCACACAAAAUCUCCUAGCAGUGCAAAAACAAGAAUCCCAGUCUCUGGAUAAACCGGAUAGAGGGCCUAAGGUAGGAAGACAACAUAGAAAGAGGAUCUAUUCAUUUUAUUUCUAUG